CGUAGCCUCCCAAAUCCAUCUGCUUAAACGAUCUGCAAAUCCUCCAUUCUCUUUCGAUUUUAUUGCGUAAUCUCGUUGUUCUCCGGCAGAAUCACAACCCCUCUUAUCCAAUUUUCCGAUUGAUUCUGUGGUUUUCGAUAACUUUAUCCCGAAAUUCCCGCUUCCUCUACUUCGAAAAGGCGAUUCUUUUAUCUGAAUCUGCUGCAAGAGCUAAUAGCGUGUUGUUGCGAAAAAGAGAGAAGCCAUGGAGAUCUCUGUGAUCGGGAGCACGCAGGCGAAAUUCGUAAAGGCGGAUUCAGCGUAUAGGGUUCUUGGGUUCUGUAGUUCGAGGAGGUACGAUGAUGUUCUCUCGAGAAACUCAAGGGUUUGUCUCGGUCAACCCAGCAUCAGGCUGAGAAGAUUGGGGUUGAGACUCACCGUUAGAGCUGUUCAUACUGAGCCGGCUCUGCCCGCGAGAGUAUCGACCGAUCGGUCUGCUGCCUCUGCUCCAUCAAGAUCUCGACCUAACAAUGGGGUGAGAUUAUAUGUCGGGCUACCUUUGGAUGCUGUCUCCGAGGCCAACACAGUAAACCAUGCGAAGGCUAUUUCUGUGGGACUGAAGGCUCUUAAGCUAUUGGGAGUUGAAGGCGUGGAGCUUCCUGUGUGGUGGGGAAUAGCCGAGAAGGAAGCUAUGGGAAGCUACAACUUCUCAGGCUACCUCAAUCUCGCGGAGAUGGUUCAGAAAGCGGGCCUCAAGCUUCAUGUCUCGCUCUGCUUCCAUGGUUUGAAACAGCCCAAAAUUCCUCUUCCUGAAUGGGUGACUCGCAUUGGAGAGAAUGAGCCUAGUAUAUAUUUUAGUGACCGAUCGGGGCUGCUUUAUAAGGAUUGCCUGUCUCUUGCUGUCGAUGAACUCCCAGUCUUAGACGGGAAGACCCCGAUUGAGGUUUAUCAGGACUUCUGCCAGAGCUUCAAGUCCUCAUUCUCCCAGUUCAUCGAUUCCACGAUCACAGGAAUCUCAAUGAGCCUUGGCCCAAAUGGUGAGCUCCGUUACCCUUCUGAUCACGGCCAGUCGAGAAACCUCAAAAUACCUGGAGUCGGAGAGUUCCAGUGCUAUGAUAAGAACAUGCUUGCGCUCCUGAAGCAACACGCAGAAGCUUCUGGAAACCCCUUUUGGGGGCUCAGUGGUCCCCAUGAUGCGCCGAGCUAUGACCAGACCCCGAGCUCGAAUGGCUUCUUCAAGGACCAUGGAGGGUCGUGGGAGUCCCCCUAUGGGGACUUCUUUCUCAAUUGGUACUCGAGCCAACUGGCAUCGCACGGGGCCCGCCUCCUAUCUCUGGCAUCCUCAGUCUUUAGUGAUGCUGAUGUAGCGGUCUACGGGAAGGUACCUCUCCUACACCCGUGGUAUAGGACUCGGGCUCGCCCCUUGGAGCUAACAGCUGGAUUCUAUAACACGGAGAGGAGAGAUGGUUACGAGGCAAUAGCAGAAAUGUUUGCACGGAAUUCAUGUAAAGUGAUCCUGCCUGGAAUGGACCUCUCAGAUGAGGACCUGCCUGGGGAGGCCCUUUCAAGUCCUCAGUCGCUGCUCCGUCAGGUUCGAGCGGCCUGUAGAAAACUGGGGGUUGAUGUCUCCGGGCAGAACUCAUCUGACAGGCGAGUUGCAAGGGGAGGAUUCGAGCAGCUCAAGGAGAACCUGUCGGGUCAGGAAGGUUCGGUGGACUUGUUUAUCUACGAGAGAAUGGGAGCUUACUUCUUCUCCCCGGAGCAUUUCCCUUCAUUUACUGCAUUUGUACGGAGCAUUUAUCAGCCUCAGAUGGACACGGAUGAUAUUCCCGACGAGGAGGUAGUAGGGGCCGAAGAAUCCGUGCCCAUGGCCUCGGAAUCGGGUGUCCACAUGCAGGCGGCUUGAUUAGUUGAAUUAGACCAAGACUUGGGGUUAAGAACAUACGUAUUCAUUAUGUUUGGCAUGAAGUUUAGAUUCCCGGGCUUAUUGACGGGACGUGCUGUAAUUUUAGGAACGGAUUAGCUGAGAUUGCUGUAUAUAGAAUAUGGUAAUUGGAGACUUGAUGAGCAUCUUUUUAGUUUUAUCUUUAGAAUUUUGGGUAAACCACCUUAUCCUAUUUUCUGCAUUUUCCUUUUGGAAGUGGAAAGGGAGAAAAUUGGAACACGAGAUUUGCUUUACUUCUCUGUUUGGCUAUGACAUUUAUUUAUUUUAUU